AUGAAACACUUUCUCGAAGUAUAUAAUUCCUCAACACAUUCUACAACAGGACAUACACCAAAUUCAAUGACACAACAACAAGAAGAAAAGUAUAUACAAAAGAAACGAAGCCAAACACAAAAUAUCAUAAAUUCAACACAAUUUACCCUCAUUCCUGGUACAAAAGUUCGUGUAGUUCUUGACGACAAACCGUUGACAAAGAAACGUUUAAGGUUAAGUAGAAACUAUUAUAUCGUAGACUCUACGCAAGGUAAUGGAUAUCUUAUAAAAGCUGCUGACGACUCCAUAGCAUUUUACCCUCGUCAUAAAUUAGUUGAAAGUAGUAAUGGCAAACUUGCUGAAACCAUUGACGAAGCAAAGCGAGGAGUGGUUAUUGAAAUACUUGGCUAUAACAUAAACGAUGACACUUAUAAAGUAAGAUAUGAAGGAGGCGUUGAAGAUGUUAUACCAUCUAAGAACUUGAGAGAGUCGAAGCCAACACAUCUGGGACCAUUAGAGCGGGAGUACUGGAAAGACAAAACUAUGCCAGAAAGAAUAAGAAAAUUCUUCUAA